AUGACAACUGAUCAAAUUAAUAUUCAGGUUGAUGAAAUUAUUCAUCAACAUGGUGGUCAAGUUGCUGAAGCUGAAUAUUUAUAUAAAGAAACUCGUGGUAAUGGUGAAGAGCGUAAUUAUCAUUUAUCAGUAAAACGACGAGAUUAUGAACGAUUAGCAGCUUCAAUACAAAAACCAACAUUACCAUUUGAUCAAUUUGUCAAAGUUUUAAAACCAUUCAUGAUAGGUCCACAUGCAGCUGAUGAUAUACCUGAAGCAUUUCGUCUUUUAGAUGUUGAUCAUUCAGGUACAAUCGAUAUUGGUGAAUUAGCUGCGUUUAUGCCUGUUAUUGUACCCGAUGCUAAUCCAUACAUGCUUCUUCAUCAUAUUCAAAAAGUUGAUCAAAAUAGUGAUUAUAAGCUGAAUUUAGCGGAAUUUACUGCACUCAUCAAUAGAGUUGUCGAAGAUGAAUAUUUAUACAAAGAACGUCGUUGGAAUGGUGGAGAACAUAAUUAUCGUGUAUCAAUAAAACAACAAGAUUAUGAGCGAUUAGUAGCUACAAUACAAAAACCAAUGUCACCAUUUGGUCAAUUUGACCAAGCUUUGAAACCAUUCAUGAUAGCUUUACGUGCAGCUGAUGAUAUAUUUGAAGCAUCUCGUCUUCUAGAUGCUGAUAGUUUAGGUACAAACGAUAUUGGUCAAUCAACCGCUUUUAUGCUUCUUACUGUACUUAGUGCUAAUUCAUAUAUGCUCCUGUAUCAUAUUCAAAACGCUGAUCGAAAUAGUAAUUAUAAACUGAAUUUAGCUGCACUCAUCGACAGAGGCAUUGGCCAAGAUAUUGCAUUUGGACGUAUCUAA